AUGGUUGGUGGGGACUCUGGCCCUGCGACAGCUGUUGAUGCCAGCCCUAUUUUUGAAUGCUUAUGUAAGAAGUUGGAAAAUGUCUUCCACAGCCCGCAGAAGAAGGAUGGCAAGACCAUCUCCAGGUGGCGUUUAAUCCUUGGGGCAUACCACCACAUCCGGGAAUUGGUCACCCUAAAUGAUAGAAUCAUGGAAAACACAAACCUUCAGUUGUAUGAGCUUAAUCAAACAACUUUAUUAAAGCGUUUAUGAUCUUAUCUUAAUAUUACAUGGUAGUUUAAUAGGCAAUAUCGCACUAAAUAUCCAGCAAACAAACACAAAAACACUUUAAACAAUACCUUAAAUUCUACUAUCUAUCUUAACAAUCUAGGUGGAAUGAUCGCCAGAAGAACCUGGAGAAAAGAAUACUCACCCGAAAAGUUCCUCUAUCACCACCGAAAACAGGAUCAACACCACUCCCACCAGCAAGACCUCUCCUUCCGAAAGCUAUUACAACACCACCACCACCACAUACAUUCCCAAUUCUCGCAGGCCAACCACUCCCCCAACUACCACCACCCAUUCAGUUAUCCACUUAA